UCGGUCCUGUCCAUCUCUGUUCUCUCUAUCCAUCCAUUCCCCCCCACGCGCCGCCACCGGCCGUCCAGCAUCGCCGCCCCCAUUCCCACCACAUCUCUCCUCCGACGCGCUGCACCCAUCGUGCCCAGGAGGAUUUUCAGAUCUAAAUCCUGCCGCUUCCGCCGCCCCAUGGAGGAGGAGAAAUCUGCGGACGAGUUGAGCCCGGACAGAUCUCUAGUGGCGGCGGCGGUUAGUCGACUCACCGACGACCUCAUCGUGGAGAUCCUCUCCCGGCUCCCCUUCCGGUCCGUCUGCCGUUUCAAGUGCGUCUCUAAGCCCUGGCGCGACCUCAUCGCCCACCCCGCCCACCGCAAGAAGCUGCCCCAGACCCUCGCCGGCGUCCUCUACACCACCAUCCCCGACGCCGGCGGCUUCCGCCACCACUUGGCCGGCGCCUACGCCGAGGGUCUUGAUCUCGACACUUCACUCACGUUCCUGCCACAUACGGAGUACAGGUACUUCGGGCUGGAGCACGCCUGCAAUGGUCUCCUCCUCUGCUCCUACUACCCGGACGCGGGAUCUCAAGUCCGUUUUGUCGUCUGCAAUCCGGCCACCCGGAGGUGGGCGGAGCUGCCCCCCGGCCCGCAGCCGCGGCCAAACACAUGCGGCUUUCACUGCCAGUUCCACCUGGCUUUUGAUCCAGCAGUCUCAUCCCAUUUUCACGUUUUUGAUUUCGAGCGCACUGACGACGUCGGCCUCACAGGAGUGAGCAUCUACUCAUCGAGAACCGGAGCCUGGACCCGGAGGGAUACUGGAUUGCUUGACAAUGUUGUACUGGAACAUCACAGUGUCCUGCUUCAUGGUAUGCUGCAUGUUGUGGGCAACCGGCGUCGGACCAACAGCAACAACACUUGGGAAGACACUACUGUGCUGGUGGCCGUGGACAUGGAGGGCAAGGUGUGGAAGACCAUCUCCAUGCCACGCGGACAGUUCUAUUAUAGGGUUGGGUGGUCACAGGGUUGCCUGCACUAUGCUACUAUAUCUCCAGUUCCUCUCACUGCCAGCAACGACGACGAUGAAGAUUCACUCAAGAUGGCUGAAGAGGUUGCGAUCUGGCGCCUUGAGGAUUAUGAUACCCAACAAUGGGCCCUGAAGCACAGUUUCAGAAUCGAUGAGGUGCUGAACCUAGCUGAGGUGGAGUACCAGCUGGUUGGGUUCCAUCCCGAUCGUGACAUCUUCUUCUUUGUCAGCAUGGGUCUUUUUGAUGGCGAUGCACGAGAUGCGGCUUCAUUGCUGUCGUGGGACAUGCGACGUCACCAACUCUCAAGUGUGCUCGAUCUCGAGAAAUGCAGUGUCGGGCCAUAUCGGCCUUAUGUUCCUCUCUUCUCAUCAGAGCCACUAGCAGAUGCAGAUGGGCACUAAUUCAGUUUGAUUUCUGCUUGGGCUUGCUCCGAUCAAUGGAAUAAUCAUAGAGACUGAAGGACGCCGGGUACUCCCAAGCCGUGGCGUCUCAGCUCGCUAAGGUGGCCGUGGACUUCUUCCUGUCCUAUGGGUCGCAGCAGGAUUGGAGUGGGAUGAUGCUACACGAGAUAUGUUUGAUAUAUUGUCGUUGCGUUCGGUUACCCUUUAUAUGGAUGAGGGGGUCAUCUUUCGAUUACCCUUUAUCAGGUGGUUUAUCUUGGAGUCUGGUUAUCUCGUUUUGAGCUGGCGAGUGUCAUGUUAUGGGCGCUUGCCUGGGUGGCCUAUUUCUUUGUUGUUCUGGAUUGGUACUUGCAUUCUUGUGGUCUGACGGCUGUUUCAUCGGUUUCAUUUCAAUGAAAUGAAAUCGGGGCGAAAUCUCCUUAGUGUGGAAAACAAUCAGCAAGGUCGGGAUUGUCCUUUUGGACAAGAACAAAUAAACAGCUCAGGCUUAAACAUCUGUUCAUUUCAGCUGACAUCUGUUGCUUCAUGUAAACCACUGUUCAGUUAUCUUGGCCAAACGAACAUCAUUCUUUUCUUUUA